ACAGUAAGGAUCACAUGCUCAGCAACUGCGGAAAAAUUAUUCAUAAAAAAAAGGUAGAAAAGAGUGUCGUCUAGAAUUGUGGAGUUCAUACAUUUCAAAGUGCGUAAAAGAACACAUGGCAGGAAGCACCUGAAACCUGUUGCCCUAGGACACUAAUGCGAGAGGUGAUUUUACUUUAUUUAUUUAUUUUAUUUACUUUUACUUUAGACUAUUUGAUGAUAGGCUACUCUUGAAGAUUAUUAUUAUUUUUUUUUUAGUUAAUACUUUUUAUUUUUCCUCUUUUCCAUUCUCUUUUUCCCUUAGCCUUUGGCGUCAUUUGUUUGUCAAUCGUUCAACCUUCCGCCGGAACAUUGGAUUAAUUCACCUGCCAUGUGGAAUUUAAAGCAGAGCAGAAAGGAAACCGACACUUAAAAUGUUACUUUGUUACACAUUUUCUGCGGGAAAUGAACUUUCGCCCUUUACACGGUCUGUUUAGUGAAUGAUUCACUAAUCAGUGCACGGAUGCGCGUCCUUUACCACGCCCGCGUUUACAAUGAUGGCCUGUUUGAAAUGCACGAGCACAGUUGGAAUCAAGCGCGCGCAUUUUCUGGACUGAAACUUCAGUGUGAUUUAUAACCUUGUGGACUGUGGACAUGCUGCUGGAGCAAUUAAGGUUUCCUUUGGGAUUUCUUCUUUCCGAAAAGCAGCAAUAAAUUAAAAUAAGAAGGGGAGGGAAAAACCUGAGCUGAUAAAAUACUAAAGAAUUUAUAUAAUUUAAAAAAAUUCAGUAUGGGGAAACCUGCAGAUAAACAUAAUUUCACCAUGGCGACCUCAGGGAUGCACCUGGUUGGGUUUUGGCUAUGUGUUCUGCUGCCGUCUCAACUGUCACAGCUCUGUGAUGCUGCCUCUAAGGAUAUAGUGUGUGAGCCGAUCACUGUACCAAUGUGCAAAGGCAUUGGAUACAAUCACACUUACAUGCCCAACCAGUUCAAUCAUGACACCCAGGAGGAAGUUGGAUUGGAGGUGCACCAGUUCUGGCCACUUGUCCGGAUUCGUUGCUCCCCAGACUUGCUUUUCUUCCUCUGCAGUAUGUACACUCCCAUCUGUCUUCAAGACUACAAAAAGCCCUUGCCGCCAUGCAGAUCUGUGUGUGAGCGGGCUAAGAGGGGUUGCUCCCCUCUUAUGAUCCAGUAUGGGUUCGAGUGGCCAGAGCGGAUGAGUUGCGAGCAGCUGCCCAUGCUGGGCGAUACAGAUCGGCUUUGUAUGGACCGAAACAGCAGUGAGACCACAACUCUGUCUCCUCCUUUCCCCAAACCCACCCCCAAGGGAACACCACGGCAUAGAGCCACAGCAAAAUUUGCACUGCCACAGAAGUGUGAUCAUGAGUGCCGUUGCCGAGACCCCCUGGUGGCCAUCAGAAAAGAAGCACACACUCUAUAUAACCGUGUACAUACUGGCUCUUUGCCCAACUGUGCUUUGCCAUGCCACCAACCCUACUUUUCCCAGGAUGAGCGCACCUUCACGACUUUCUGGAUUGGCCUUUGGUCGGUGCUGUGCUUUGUCUCCACGCUCACCACUGUGGCCACUUUUCUCAUUGACAUGGAGCGUUUCAAAUAUCCUGAGCGGCCCAUAAUCUUCUUGGCUGCUUGUUAUUUGUUUGUAUCGCUGGGUUACAUUGUACGACUGCUUGCAGGCCAUGAGCGGGUGGCUUGCGAGGGCUCUGGAGAUCAACAGCACAUCCUCUAUGACACCACGGGUCCAGCCCUUUGUACAUUGGUCUUCCUGCUCAUAUACUUCUUUGGAAUGGCCAGCUCCAUUUGGUGGGUGGUGCUCUCCUUCACCUGGUUCCUGGCUGCUGGGAUGAAAUGGGGAAAUGAGGCCAUUGCAGGCUACUCCCAGUAUUUCCACCUUGCUGCCUGGCUAGUGCCUAGCGUCAAGUCCAUUGCUGUGCUGGCUUUAAGCUCGGUGGAUGGCGACCCUGUGGCUGGCAUCUGUUAUAUUGGCAACCAGAGCCUAGAGAGCCUACGUGGCUUUGUGUUGGCCCCACUGGUUGUUUACCUCUUCACCGGGACCCUCUUCCUGCUCGCUGGCUUCGUUUCACUCUUCCGAAUCCGUAGUGUCAUUAAGCAGGGAGGAACUAAGACUGACAAACUGGAAAAGCUAAUGAUCCGGAUUGGACUUUUUACCGUCCUUUACACAGUACCCGCAACUAUUGUGGUGGCAUGCCUGGUGUAUGAGCAACAUUAUAGACCAGGAUGGGAGAGGGCACUGGCCUGUUCUUGCCUGUCCGAGCGCCAGCAACUGGGCAUGGGCCCGGACUAUGCUGUCUUUAUGUUAAAAUAUUUCAUGUGUCUGGUUGUAGGCAUAACAUCAGGUGUAUGGAUUUGGUCAGGGAAGACUCUAGAAUCAUGGAGGCGCUUUGUGGCACGUUUUGUCCCCUGUAGAACCCGAAAGCCACCCGUAUCGGGCUCGUCCUUGUACAGUGAGGCCAGUACUGCUUUAACAGCCCAAGCUGGAACAGCACCCACUGGGACCUACCACAAAACAGCACCCUCAUCACAUGUCUAAACAUUGGCUAGAUAGCCCAAUAUUUUAUAAACCCUGCAACCUUCAAGCGAGUGACGCAUGUAGUUUGCAGGUCGUGACUCUGAGUGAGCAGGUGUCUAUUCAGCCUUCUACCAACAGUUCUACAUGUUCCACAUUAAGUGAUAAUGGAAGGCACAGUUGUACUAUGAAGGGUUUUUACAGAUUCUUGUUUAUUUCAUUAGUCAUUCAUGGAUAUAAUUUGUAAAACAAUGAAAAUGUUGAUACUUUGUGUAAACAAAGUGCAUGUGAGGUUAAAGAUGAUUAAUGUACCUAUUACAAUUGUCACAAGCAUCUUAAAUGUUGUUAUCUGUGGCUUUUAUUUCAUGAAUGGCGUAUAAAUGGCUUGGUAUGGACCACAACAUUUCUCAGAUGAAAUGAUACACUUUUCUAUUCAGGACGUUGUGGAGAUAUUUAAUUUAUUUGUGUAUUCUUGUAAAUGUGCUUUUCGAGGAUAUUGUGAUAUUGCAGGUAACAGUCACUCUGUUGUGUUUGUGACUUAAGCAUAUUUACAGGAUGUGGGUAGGAUGUUGUUUUGUAGCAUUUUAACACCAAUCCUAGUCAUCUAAUUUUACAAAUGUAUUUUUAAGGUAAACGUGGAGAGAUGCGUGCAUGUGUUUUUUAUCAGUAAGAAUAACCGUUUUUAUAAAAAAUUUUGCACAAGUGAGUACAAUUUGUAAAAAAAAGAGAGGAAGAUGCUUAUUUUAAUUUAGUGUUCAUGCAACUGUCUAACAGGUAUGAAAGUUCAAAUUCAUGACUUUAAUCAUUGUUGCAAGCAGUUCUUAACAGGAUCACACUGACUGUUCUGUCUCUUAGAAGAUCUUACUUAAAAAGAUUAUCAGAGCUAUUUUUCCACUGAUAAUAUUGUUGGGUAGCAUCUAUUAGGCAGUGUUAAAUUGUAGAAUGUAAAUGUAAGAUCAGUAGGGCAGUUAGGUGAGCAUUUAUUUCUUUAAUCGGAGCCUGACUUCUCUUGUGCUCAGUGGUUCAAUUGUCUAAUUAAGUUUAAUUGUUAUCCCAGCAGCCAUCCUAAAUUUACCUAACAGCACUCUCAACCAAAUAUGACAUUUUAAAACAUUUAAGAGCGUGUCUCUCUAAAUAUUUUUUUUUAUGUAAUUUCUUUAUUAAUUUUGAAUCCUUGGUGUUGGAUAUGUAUAUUUAGCUGACAGAAUCUGUAAAGCAGUGUUGGUUUUGUAGCUCUCUGUAAAUGCCUUUUUUUUUAUUAUUUCUUUUUCUCCCCCAAGAGUUUCAACUGAGCAUUAAGAUACAAAUAAGUAUUUUUGCCUCUUUUUACUUUACAAACUGGUGUAGAAAUAACUUGACCUCUUUUUAAUUAUGCUUUUCAAAAAAGUGAAUUUUAAGCUGAACAAUUAUCCUGACUACUCUGCAUUACUUACAAUUUUGUUGCGAGUCUGGGUGUGUACAUAGUCAUUUGUAAAUCUUGUAAAAGAUGCAUCCUUUUUUUUUUUUUUUUUUAAUAGUCCAGACUGCAACUUUGUACAUAUUUUGUUUAGUAAAAAAUAUCAUCUUCAGUGCUACAAUUUCAAAGAGAUUCUUAGAUAUUUAUGAAAAGUGUCUUUAACCUGUUUUUGUUUCUCUUACUGGUAGAGAAUAAAAGUGAGAAACAAUCUGUGAACCUGCAAAUAAAAUGUUUGUUCAAUCAUUUAUUGUGCUUCCCUUUAUUUUGAAAUGCAAAUUUGGGUUAAUGUUUCUAAAACAAAUCCUAACGAUACAGCAUUUGUGUACUUUUGGU